AUGGGGCUACAAGAUACAAACAUAGCUGGAAUCACCAGACGGGGCUACAAGGAUAGAAACGUAGCUGGAAAGGAAAUUGAAGACAUGCUAAACAACAACCCUCUGGAACUUAUUUACAGCAAUGAGGAUCCGGCUACAUAUUUGCACUACAAUGGAACCAGAACAACUCCUGACUUACUCUUGGCUUCAAGCGACAUCAGUGAGCAAACACGCCGCAAAAUAAUUGACGAUCCUGGUUCUGGUCACAAACCUGUCAUUGCUAGUAUUACCAUCGGCAGCAAAAGCAUGUCAAGGAAAGUGCCAACUAAGCUAUCAUGCAACUUCAAGAAGGCUGACUGGUCUAGGUUCACUAACCUUUUAGACAAUGAACUUCACACAAGUCCCCUCAACUUCAACCAACAUCCUGACAAACUUUGCACUGAUAUCACGAAUAUCAUGAUCAGAUGUGCAAAGAAAACUAUUCCCGGAGGCAAGACUAAAGACUAUCGAGUUUUUUGGUCUAAACACCUAGACGAACUGAAAAGAAAGCGGGACGCCCUUCGCAACACUGCUGAUCAGACUGGAAGAAUGGAAGACAUACACGCCUGGAGACGACAAGACGCCCUUCGCAAAACUGCUGAUCAGACUGGAAGAACGCGUACAAACCUGGAGACGACAAUCAGCUGUCCUAAGGCAAGCCAUCUUAGAAGCAAAACGGACGUCCUUCGACAAGUUCAUCUCAAAUAUCAACUAAACCGGACUUCCUUCAACAAGUUCAUUUCAAAUAUCAGCUAUUACGGACUUCCUUCGACAACUUCAUCUCAAAUAUCAACUAUGAAACUUACUUCGACAAGUUCAUCUCGAAUAUCAACUAUCAAAAUUCCUUCGACAGGUUCAUUUCAAAUAACAACUAUCAAAGUGAUAGCCAACACACUUUUAAAUUCCUGA